GCUAAUGUUGUAUGGUGGAGCAUAGUCUCACGACGGUUCCACAUCCCAAGAGCAAAGAAACGGGGUCAUCUUUACGUACCUACUUCGGAACUCUCACAAAAUACGUCCAUCCACCUCUGCUGGCGCUGUAUUUCGUAUAUCCCACGUUGCUCAGUACUAGCUCUAGUGCUCCGUAUAAUCGCUGUUGCCCCCACCUAGGCCUCUACCUAGUCCUUGCUUUUGAUGAUCCGAGAGCCCAGACCUUCAUGGGCUUCGGGUAUUGUGGUUUUUGUUCCCAUGUCCGGAUUUUGCAAAGGUAGCAGCAGUCAAUUCGGUUGGGAGGUUUUGCAAACUAGCGCCACCGAAAGCCAAGAACAGAACCAAACAACAUCGACCCUAUUGCUGUGUGCAGUAGUGUGCAACACAAGCGGAAACCGGGCCUAACUGCGGUGCCACGCGAUCUGCGACAAGAGAGACCGGUGAGAGCCUGGUUGGUGAGCCUCUUGUACUCUUGCAAGAAGCUCAGGCCCGGGACAAGAGAAAAGUGUGUCCACAUGUCGGACCGGUGUCCUCUGGUUGGAGGCUUCGAAUCUGGAGGGCACUGAUAAAAAAAAAUGGCGGGACCCCAGGCGUCAUCAUCAUCGUCAGGGCGGCCCCUCCUCCGCCCAGCGGUUGCAGCGGACGUGGAACAUAUUAGGGUCCUCGUCGACGCGGCCUACUCGCACUAUAUCGCACGGCUCGGCAAGGAGCCCGGCCCGAUGCUCGAGAACUACGGCGCGCUGGUGGCGCAGGGCAAAGUGACGGUCUGCACCACGGGGCAGCCGGUUGCGGCAGCAGCGGCGGUAGUGACCGGGCGUGGGGAGGAGGAGGAGCAGGAUCACGAUCGAGAGAUCCUCGGCUUGCUCGUUCUCGUGCCGCAGACUGCGGAGGGAGCGAUGCUGCUGGACAACGUAGCGGUCGCGCCGCGGGCGCAAGGCCAGGGUGUGGGUAAGCUGCUCAUGUCUUUUGCCGAGCACCGCGCCCGCCAGGAGGGUCUCUCCACGGUCAAACUCUACACGCACGUUCUCAUGACUGAGAACAUUGGCCUGUACGGCCGCCUCGGGUACCGCGAGACAGGGCGGGUCUCGGAGAAGGGCUUUGAUCGUGUGUACAUGGAGAAGAGGUUGUGACGCAAUUGCCCGCACGAGCCACUUUGAUCUUGUCACAAAAAAAAAAAAAAAAAACUUCCAACAAGCAAUACCCCUAUCCCCUCAAUCAAUAGUGUGGUGGUUUUCCUUUCGACGACAAGCAAAAAGUAGAACCCGAGUGCAACAUGAUCUGGAACAGCUGUGGCUUGCGUGUGCCACCACUGGUUCUACUCGGUACUGGGUGGCACUGUUGUUUGAUUUGUGGUGUCGCAAAUUUAGUAGUGAGCUCAUAUUGACUCGACCAGUGUGGUCCAAAGAGUGUGAAAUUAGCAGAAUACUCCGUACAGUAUCAAAAGUUGUAGUGUUUGGCAGGGUACCGAAGCUCGCCAAGGUACCUUACCUAGGCUUGCUAAAAGUUGCUCUAACAGUACCGUGUCCGUUACGGAGGCAAGGUGACAAGCAGUAGUGAUAUGAACUAGGUAGAGCUUUGAAGCUUGGAGCAAGCUCACACGAGCAAAGCAGAGAGCUUUGCUGUAGGUAGCUUUUCUGGGAGCUAUGGGCGGAAACAGGAGGGGAAGCUCCUUUCACAGACAGACAGACAGACAGACAGGCAGGCAGACCAGGGUAAGAGACAUAAGAAAGGUUUUUUUUUUUUUUCUCUCUAAACUGCUCGAACUCAGAUCGGCAAUUUUUUCUUUCCUUCCGGCCGUGGUUUCUUUUUCUGUACUUUUUAGCUUCUUCGAGUCACUUUGCGGUGUGGUCUUUUUGUGCUCUCUGUGUCUCUUCUCUUCUUCUCUUCUCGCCUAAUAGCUAACAGGGAAGGACGUGUCACGGCAUAUAUCCAGGGACCCUUACAAAUGACGGUCUG